AAUACCCACUGGGUCCCUAGUACGCAUGCGCCCUUCCUCACGUGUGUGGAGAACAACAUGACAGCGGCUGCAGCCUCUGAAUAAAGUGCUCUACCGCGGGUUUAUGAGAUCUAAUUAAUCCGACAAUUAGCUUGCAUUUCUGACGGACAACAGCGAUGGCAAUUCGAGCUAUACGGAAGUUUCGUUGGGUAGAGGGGUUGUUCUGUGUGUACAAACCCCCCGGCGUCCAUUGGAAGCUCGUCCGAGACAGGAUAGAGACUUGUAUUCUUGAAGGUGUAAAUGGCACCCCUUCCCUACCCCCUGGGGUCAGGCUGUUGGGACCAGGCAGAGGUCCCACUGAACUGACGCUCUCUGCAAGCUCCCUGGCCGCUCAUCCUCUGGUCCGUGGACCUGAGUUCAGACGGAUCAAAGUGGGAGUCGGACAUCGUCUGGACGCUUCAUCCUCCGGAGUGCUGGUUAUUGGAGUUGGACGUGGAAACAAACCACUGAAUGAUCUUUACCAAAUGUGCUGUACAAGGGAUUAUACUCUGGAGGGUGAAUUUGGAUUUGCAACGGAUAAUUUCUCUCGCACGGGCAGGAUUGUUGAAAGAUCCACAUAUGAUCACGUCACACGGGACAAGCUGGAGAAAGUCCUGGCCAUGUUGCAGCAGGCCAAUCAGAAGGCCUUGCUCAUUCACUCCAACGUGGACAUGCGCUCACAGGAAGCCUAUGAGAUGGCUGUGACAGGGGAACUCGGUCCGCAGGGGAAGUCCCCCCCCAUCCUAACCGGCCUCCGGGUCACAGGCUUCCAGCCUCCCUUCUUCACUUUGGAGCUGCAGUGUCUGAAUGAAACCCAGCGGUAUCUACGUAAGGUGGUGCACGAGAUCGGUCUGGAGCUGCGCAGCACAGCUUCCUGCACGGCGGUGCGGAGAACACGAGACGGACCCUUCACGGUUGACCAGGCCCUGACCCGGGGUCAGUGGACCGCCGCCCAAGUGGCUCUGACCAUCCAGCACUACAACAACUCCAAGAGACAAAGCAGACCGCUGCCCGCCCCGGCAGCGCUGUGAUCUGUCUGUCCAGCAGAGUCCUGCGGUUGGCAGUGAAGACAGACAGACUCGCAAUGAAAACUAUCUGGAUCAUUACUGAACUUGUUUGGUUUAACAACUUUCCUGGGUUAGACUACCUCCAUUUACAUAAUUCACUGGAGAUAAUUACUUUCUUGACCUGAUCUUAAAGUGAAGUAUUUAGCUUUUCCUAAUUAAAGGGCCUUUAUUUUACACCAAGGUGUGAGUCUGAUGAGCCACUCCAAGCGGUAUCAGAAUCUGCCCUGUGACUUGGUGACUUCACAAGUGGGAGUGGCCUCCUCGAUUGGCAAUCUAUAGGUAAGCCUGUAGUUGCUACAGUCCAACGGGCAGGCUGGUACAUUGAUCUGUUCAGAUUGUACCUGGGUAUUCCAGAUAUCACAGGGCAUGGCAGAACUUUGGAAGGAACCCCAAUAGGGUUCCUUCAAAACGACUUUAUACUCCUGUCCUGCCCUCAUUCCCACAUGGGUUCUCGCUUCGCCCACUUUACCAAGGAUGUAUCGAGGCGACCUGUGGGGACUUGGGACAGCGAGGUAUCCCAGAAUGCAAUUCAGAACAUGGUAUUGGGGCAUGUGGCAUGUGGCAGUAUGAACAGGGACUGGUAGAGCUGAUAUCACAUUGAUUAGAGAUCAUUUCCAUUAAAUGAUCCGUACAAUGUAAUUUUCCCUGGAACAUUUGCAUAUUUAUUUAGAAUCAUUCAUUUAUUUAUUUUUUACUUACAUUCAUGCAUACAUUGUCAUAACUGCUAUAAUGAAGCGUUCUACAUUCAUGGACUAAUGCCAAAAACCAAUCCAAAUGCGUGGAGACCUUGGACACGGGUUUAACCUAAAGUUGGAAAUAAAGGAUUCAAAAAAAGUAAAUCCAAGAGAAUAACUAGAAUAAGACUAAUGAUGUAUGGCAUUCCAAACUGGGAGGCUCUGAUUAACUAGCACAACACUGGAUAGGGAUUUAACUAAUUGAUUGUACGCACUUAAUCUACAUUGCACUUAUUCACAGUACUUAAUUGUGUAACAUCUGCAGUAGCUUCUAGCAUUGCUGUACACAGGGAAUGGGUUAGCCUAGCGAUUGUUAGUACUUACUAGCACUUGGCUCUAUGAACAUCUUUACUGUACUGACAGCGAUAUAUUGUUUCACUUCUUAUGACAAAUGUACUUAUUGUAAGUCGCUUUGGAUAAAAGCGUCAGCUAAAUGCCCUAAAUGUAAAUUGCUGCCAUCUACUUGAGAGCUGGCCUUGUUACAACUCAAAAGGAGAAGUUCAAGUCAGGUUCUAUUUUCUAUUAAGGGAAGCAGUUAACAUGCACGAUGGAAAUGAAAUGGGACACUUCGCUAGAUUGUAGACUGUUCCUCAAUUACAUUCUCCAUUUGCACGAUUUAGAUUUGCAUUCUCAGGUUAUGGGCUACAACAGUAUGAAUGACUCAUUUGCAGCCAAUUGCAA